ACCACCGGCACAUGACACAUCCCCCUUCCAGCCACUACGAGCCCGCGCCGAUUCUGAUGCAGUGAACAGACAAGUUCUAAACAAUCAACAUUAAUUUAUAAUCGCAACAAUUAAUUUAAAAAAAAAAAGUUAAGCGCAACAUAAACAAAAAUAGUUGAAUGCGUUCGGAAAAAGAAGAAUAGUUGCAACAGACAAUAAAGUAUUUCGAUAGUGAGUGCAAAGAAGGCGUGUGUUUUGGCUUUGGACACAAUCAGGUGGAAAUGUUAAGCUGGAGGGUUUUGCUGUGCGUAAUUACCAUUACAGCAUUGCACGCAGUACAGUCAGCGCGCCUGCCGUUCAUCCGACCAGCGCACAUCGGUGAAAACAAUGAGGUAGCAGACGGAGGCCCGGAGAUGAAGGAAAUUAUCUUCGCCCGCGUGAGGGAAGGGGUACCUCCUCCGCUCUGCGCCGGUAGAUGUGCAGCGCCUCCGGCCGGGCCUGUGUGUGCGUUUGAUGCGGCGGGAACUGCUCGAACCUUUGCUACGUUGUGCGAGCUGGAAGCCGUGUCAUGCCGUGAGAGCACGUACUAUGCCAUUACGAGCCUUGGAGAGUGUUGACCAGCCGUACCAAAGCUUAACUAAUAAGGAAGAUAUCUAUUGAGAAUUAUUUUUAUAUUUUACAGCGCCGGAUUUUUAGUUACUUUAUCUAAAUUCUUUAUCUAUGUGUUGUAUAAUGUAGUUUUGGUUCUUGUAAUAUAAAUUUUUCGAAGAAUUCAUGUAUAAAUUUAAAGUUCCUACAUUAUAAUUUAUUAAGCCUAGCACCCAUUGGUUUCCUUUAAACUGUAUUAACUUGUGCUAAAGAAACUGCGUCCCUUAUAGAUACCAAACUAUCAAAAAAAAAGUGCGAGUCGGACUCGCACACGAAGGGUUCCGUACCAUUUUUAUGUAGAUCACUGCAAGUUAAUAACGCACUGCGCCAUCUAUAUGUGAUUUAGUUAAUUAUUUUUUUUCCUUUUAAGGUACGGAACCUAAAAACAUGAGGUGCGCCCCGAAUCGAAUUUAUUCUUUUACCUACGUACUAAAGAAAAUCAAUGCGAUUCGACUUGACGCACCUUGAAACGGGCUGUAGUGGACGCUAGGCUUUAUAAUGAUACAACUUUAGGCUAAGUUUUUCCAAAUUUCAACUUAUCGUAUAAAUUGGUAAUCGUUUUGUGUUUAGUAUUAAGACAUAACGUAGUGUAAGCUUAUUUUUAUUUAUUGUACAAAGUACGAAUUUCCACUUAGUUUGCAACUGAUUUUGUCAACAUAUAAAACAAGCAGUUCAAUAAAGAAUGUGAAAUUAAU